CAGGGUAUGCCGGGAGGCGCCGGCCGGAAGUGGGCAGGUUUGCGGCAGCGGUCGGGGCCGGGCUGUCCGGUUGCCGGCGAGAGGCGGCGGGGCCGGUGGCGCUCGCGAUGCUGCGGCGGAAGCCGACGCGCCUGGAGCUGAAGCUAGACGACAUCGAGGAGUUCGAGAGCAUCAGGAAGGACCUCGAGAGCCGCAAAAAGCAGCGUGAAGAUGUGGAUGUAGUAGGAGCGAAUGAUGAAGGAGCUAUUGGACUGAGCAAUGACCACAAGAGCAGAGAACAAAUGAUAAAUGACCGAAUUGGUUACAAACCUCAGCCCAAACCCAACAACCGUUCCUCCCAGUUUGGAAGUUUUGAGUUCUAGAGACUACAGUUCCAGACAGUUCAGUAUUGGACGCUGAUGGGACAAUCACCCCAAGACAAUGCGAGCAGAGAUGUUGCUGGUGGGAAGCUCUAGCAAUGGCUGGGACUGGCCUCUGCAUGCCAGUGGAUCUCCUGCUUCUACAGGGGAAAGUAUUACUUUUUCCAACAGGUUUUGGACAUGUUUUUAAUCUGACUUGUUACCCUCCCUCCAGCAAUGCCCCCCCCCCAGCUAGCUGUUUUGUUUUAAAUAAAUAUUUUUUUUUUUUUAAACACAAGAAGUUCUUUUAUGUAUCAGAAAAGUGUAUGAGGCAGGUAAGGAUGAAUCGAAACUGCGAGCAGCAGAGUUGGAAUUGCUGAGAAUGUUGUUUUGGACCUCAUGGACAGGGAACAAAUAGGGAUCAAGUGAAGGUACUGCCACAAUGAGAAACUACACCAAGGCCAAACUCCUCUGGAAUUGCAGAAUUUAGUGUUCUUAAAAAUCAAGGCAGAAGGAUCUGUGCUCAAGCAAGAGCUGCAAAUGCUUAUAGAGUGGAAGGAAAUGGAGCUCUGGGGAAUGUCAAUAAUACAGUUCCAUGUAUAGGUGACUGAAAUUCUUUGGUUAUCCUGCAACAGGUAAGGCAUAGCAGUGGCAGAGUAAGCUUCCUUCUCAAGGUGUUCCUAAGAAGGCUGGUUAUAAUGAUGGCUUUUUAACCUAUUUAAAAGUGGACCAACCCCCUCCCCACCUCAUUUACAUAGGCUGCUAGAAAGCUGUGCCUUACAAUCACACCAGAGCUGGAGGAAUGUGAGCUGGUGCCGUAGAAGUGGAAGGCUGUACAUUUCUUUCCCAGCCCACUUCCUCCACCAGUAUUUCACAGUGCAACUAGGGCAGCAGAAUAAAUUGGGUACAGGAAAUCCUGAUGCAGACUAUGUCUUCUAAUGGUUAAGUUUCAAUUGGAACACUGAAGUAGUAAAUUAAGGGCUUGUGCUAUAUUUUUAGUUGGUCUGUUACUUCCAAAGUCUUGGAGAGGUAUUUCAGGGUGGUGAGGAGGCCACCAAACCCAGUAAAUGCAUAGGUUUGAAACAAAAAUCUAUAGUGUCAGGGGUAACUGCUACAUCCAUGGGUGAGAGGUGACAUAUGGACAGAUGAGGUCUAGUAUAUGAACAAAAUGAACUUGGUUGAGGGGAUAGCUGAGUGUACCAUAUUUCACGGUGUAUAGGUUGACACUGUAUGAGUCAAUCCCAUUUUUCUGAUCCAAAAAGUUAGGUUGACUUAUAUACCAGAUCUAUGAAAUUUCUAAGUCAACUUAAUUUUUUGGAUCAGAAAUAUGGGGUUGACUUAUACUGGCCCCUGAGCAUCCUCACUGUGGACUGGGCACUCGGGGGUGUGGACAUAUGCCACAACACCACUCACAGGGGGCAGGGUGGGACUUGGCACACAGCUGGUAUAUCCCCAUCCUCUGAGUGGCGCUGCCAGUCGAGCACCAAGCCCAGCACCACUCCCCAUGUACUCAGCCUGCAGUGAGGGGCGCGCAGGUGUGGAGCCCAGUGCUGCUCACAGGGGAUGGUGAUACAGUGCAUACGUUAAGGUUGAAGAAUUAAAAAUUGGGCUUCAAAACUCAACUUAUACACUGUGAAAUACAGUAUCUCCUGUUCAGUAUGACUUAUUUAGAUAAGAGUUCUGCUUUAACAAAAAUGUGAAAAACUAUAGCACAGAAUGCAGUGUGUCUGUUGCAGGUAUUUUGGGUCACUUACAUAAACAGAACAGAAUUAAUGGGGUACUGGUGUGUAGCUAAGUGCUUUGUUUUCUUAUUUCUAGAGUGCUGGAAGUCUGAGACAGCUUUAUCUAGUUUUUAUUAACACAGAAAUGCAUUGUAGGAGUUGUAGUUAACACAUGGUCACAGCAGCAUAGCAACUGCAAGCAUAGGUACUGAUAGCAGAUUCUUUAUGUAGCAUGCUUCAGCCCUAGCUGCAUACUACUGCCCAGGAAACUGAGGCCAAGAUAAGUGAAAUGACUUGUGAUAGUCACAUAGGAAGAUCAAUAACAGUCAGGAACAGACCUUAUGUCUUGACUCCCGCCCUAGCUUCCUCUCCACAGUAUUAGUACAUGGUCCAAAGUACUUCUUCCCCUGUCCAUUAUGUUUUAUUGGAGUGAAAUGAUGACUGGUUUUGUACUUUGAAAUGUUCAGAGCAUAUAGUCACUGAUUGCUGGUGAGGGAAAUCUCAAACUUUGUUCCAAGAUCUUAAUUUAGUUUAUUACAUGAUGGUCACAGUAACUGCAAACAUAUGGAAGACUUCCUCAGCCCCCUCUUCACUACCACAUUUGAUUAAGGCAACAGCAUGUAAAGAAUUGUCCUUGCUGCCUGGUACCUUCUUCUCCUGCAUACUUAUUAGUCUGCAUCUUACUCUGUAGUUACACACCUAUCUGGCGUAUAAUACCCUCACACACUGUACUUUGCUGAGAUGUUCGGGGGCACAACAUGACAUCUGGAGUCCCCAGAACAUUCAAAAACCAGCUGGCAAGCAGACUUCGUGGUUACAGCAUGCCUGCAUGGACAGAAUCUGUCUGCCAAACUCAGAUUUUCAAUACAGCCACCUCAAAGGAAUUUUGGGGUCUGGGUACCUGUUGGCAUAAAGUUAAGUAACUGAUCAGUUGAAGGAGGAGCAAAGUCAUGGUCUGAGCUCCAGAUAUAUGCAAAGAAGUUUUGUUGGGUUUUUGUUGGGUUUUUUGUUUUUGUUUGGGGGGGGGGGGUUGGAAGGAAGGCAUCUGAGGCACUCCUUGCUCUGACCUCAAACUGUAUUGUUAGCCUUAUAUUACACCCUCAUGCAGCACUCAAAUUCAUAUAUUUUAAAGCAUAUUAGUGCUUAGACUCCAUCUACAGAAACGGAUCACAGGCACUUAUCUGUAGUAGUGCCUGUGAUUUCCUUCAUCUUAAGAAGUGGGUAUCAGAGGCUGUUGUGUGUAGCCUGCAUCUCUCAACUUGAUUAUUCCCCAUGCACCACAAAGCUUCAAUGAACCAAACUAUUUCCUUCUAGGAUUCACUACCAGCAUCCAAACAGCUUCAGAGGCUAUUUUUCAUGACCAGCAUUAGGGUUAAGGUGCCCCAAAAGUUGCUGUGCUUUUCCUCCAUUGACAUUCUUGCUGUCUCCGCUGCAUUAUGACAAAUAGGCCACAAAGAACGUAUUCACAUGCAAAUGGGUGGGGGGUGAGAUAUGGCCAGGUUGACUAGUCCAGCAACUUGCUCCCUAUGCCACUUAAAGCUAGGCAGUCACUCCUUUUGGAGGCACAUACCAAGUGUUGAUGGAGCCUGGGAGUUCCUGCUCUGGUUCCUUCUCCAGCUGUUUUGUCUAACACUGGAGAACAUUUCCAAAACACACAACCACCACAGUAAAAUGCAGUCUACUUUAUUCACUAAUUAUAUACAGUAGGAUCUUGGUACACACAUCAGCAUUGAACAAGUUGACUUCACAAACAAUGAAUUUAAAAGGCAAAUGUAAUGGUCCACUGUAGCCAAAACCAUACGUCCUGAAGUACAGCUGGAAUCAGCUAGAGAUCAAACUAAAAAGGCACUAGCACAAUUGAUUCCUAAAAGGCACUUGGAUAAAAUAGCAAAAGCCAGUGUCUUUGCGGUGGAUCGGCAGAGCCUGGAUGCUUUGUGCAAUUCUUCCAAGGUCGCAAUCAAGAGAUGCACUUGUUUGAAAACUAAAAACACUUAGAUCUAGGACAUCACACAUUCUUUGCAUAUUGCAUACAUGUUUCAUUUAAGCACAAAUUAAAAUGUUAGUAAAUCGCUGGGUUCUUACCUCCCUUCCAACCCUGCACAAGGAAAAGCUGAGAAUUAGCAACAGGACUGCCUCAAAUACACCUGUCAAAAAACUCCAGCCAGCUGUCAUUAAAAGUUGCCAUGAGGGCAGAUGUACUUCACUGGACAACUGGCAAACUGAGUAGCAGCCUGGGCAGGGAACACUGUAAUAUGUCAGUCCCCCCUUGAUACACCAGCUGUAACACCAACAGGUACAUGCCCUUUUCAGCUGACUCUAUAAACAGACCACUAGGUUUUUAAUUAACACAUGAUGACAAAGGAAAAACAAACCAUGGAGCCCAGUUAUGACUCGAAGAAAACCACAGGAGGUAAUAGGUAGCCCUUUUAGCAAGUGGGAUCUAGUUGUGAUAAAAGGUCCUGGCCAUGAUUAGACAAUUUGUGAAGCAUGCAAGUGAUGUGAAAGGAUUCUAGCUGGAAAAUCCAGUGCAGAUGGUGAGGAACUCUCAGCUGGUUAAGUGCCAAGGGAAUAAUGCUGCAGCCAAGAGUAUUGUGAGAGCAGGUGACAGUCACAUGCAUGAGGGAUCUUUAUUUAUUACCUUUUUUCUUCAGAUCCCUACCUGGGUCUGACUAGCAGUAGAACAUCCCUUAUGUUCCACCUCACAUGCUGGAGGCACUGCCAGCUCUGAGCUGGCUUUUCCACCCCAAGCCUCUGGUCCCAGUACAAAAAGUCUCCCCUUGCCAUCUGCCAGCCAAAGGGAGUGGAAAAGCACCUGUAAGGAGGCAAGUUACACCGGGGAGAGCAGCAGGCAGAGGAGACUGGUUCUCAAGGAAAGAAUAAAGAACAGGACUCCAGAGACUCCACACUUGAUCUUCCUCCCAGCAAUCAGGAACACUCCCCAGUACUGCAGCUUUCUCCAGAGCUCUGGGAACUAAUUUCCAUGUCAGAUACCCAACAAUUAGCUGGCUUCCAACACAGGACAUCUUAUAGAAACAACAACAAAAAGGGUCAUCCAGCAGUUUGAAUGCUAACCUGGGACUGAAGAGAAGUUCAGUUACCUGCUCCACAUAUUGUGUGGCCUUGUUCAGGUCACUUAGUGUCUCAGAUCCCCUUCUAUGCAGCAGGGAUAACAGCACUGCCCUACCCCUCAAUAUAGCUGCAAGGGCAAAUCCUCUAUGGAUUAUGAGCUGCUCAGCUACUAUGGUGAAGGCUAUAUGAGCAUAGAAUACAGGUCUCCUCCCAAAAAAGCAGAGGUUGCCCCAGAAGAGUUUAGAAAAGCUAAUGUGACAAGGACAGAAUUCUCUGUCAGGUGUGGAGGCUGUGUCUAAUCAACAGAGUCAUCCACCCCUCAGAUAGUGAGGUAAAACUGGGGACCUUAAGGCAAAAGCAAAAAAGUCCAGAAGCUUUCAUGAUAGAGGAUUAGGCCAACUGGAGAUAUUCUCCUUCAGAAAGAACAGCCAAAGUAUAUGAAAUAAUUAAGGCCAGUGUGGCAGGCUCCCCAGUGACUGUCAUGUAAGGAAGGGGGAAAAAAAAAAAAAUCAAGUAACUGGCUAUUUCUCUAGCCCAAACUUAAUCUGGUUCACAAAGUGGAGCUAAACUGAGGAACCUCCUUCUCCGACACUGCUACCCUGCCUUUUUUUUUUUUAA